AUGAACAAUAAUGAAGAAGAAACCACCACACCCAAUUCAUCAUCAAUCAUCCAUAGCAAACCAGGAAAAGAAAUGUUGAACCUGCUCGAUGUCCCAAUUCCCGGUUUCUUCUACCUUCUGAUACCGCUCUUCCUAAUCUCCACAUGGCUCAUAGUUUUCAGAAAACCCAAAACCAACAACACCCCGCCAUCUCCAUUCAAGCUCCCCAUCCUCGGCAACCUCCACCAACUGGGCUCCCACCCGCACCGCUCCCUCCAAUCCAUGGCGCAGCGCCACGGCCCGAUCAUGCUCCUCCACCUCGGCCACGCCCCCAUGGUGGUGAUCUCCUCCCCUGAAUCCGCCAAGGAAAUCCUGAAAACCCACGACCUCACCUUCGCCAACCGGACCGAUUCCAUAAUCUCCAGGAGGCUAUUCUACAACUACAGAGACCUCUCGUUGUCGCCCUACGGCGAGUACUGGCGCCAGAUGAGGAGCAUCUGCGUGAUGCAGCUCCUGAGCACCAAAAAGGUCCAGUCUUUUCGUUCUGUGAGGGAAGAGGAGGCGAAUUUGAUGGCCGGGCUAAUCCAAGCGCGAUCGCGCUCGGGCUCCCCUGCCGAUUUAGGGGAGCUGUUUGCUGGGCUGACAGAGGAUGUGAUUUCCAGAGUUGCGUUUGGGAGGAAGUACAGGAAGCUGAAGGAGAUGUUGAAGGAGAUGGCGGUUCUGCUGGGGAUUUUCAAUGUGGCCGAUUUCGUGCCGUGGAUGGGUUGGAUUAAUCGAUUCAACGGGUUGAAUGAUCGGGUGGAGAGGGUUUUCGGAGAGUUCGAUCGGUUUCUGGACGAAAUUGUGGAUGAGCAUGUUGCUGCCAGGAGGAGGCAGGGGAAUGAGAAAACAGAGGAGCUGGAGCAGAGGGAUUUCGUCGAUGUCCUGCUCGACGCGCAGCAGGAGAACGAAUUGAUGGAUCGCGACAGCAUCAAAGCAAUCAUUCUGGACAUGUUCGGUGCGGGAAGCGAUACCACAUUCACGGCGCUGGAAUGGGCUAUGACAGAGGUGCUAAAGCACCCAAGAGUGACCAGAACGCUACAAGAGGAGAUCAGAAGCGUGGCCGGGAACAAGCCGAGCGUAAACGAGGACGACAUAGAGCGAAUGCCGUACUUGAAAGCGGUGAUCAAGGAAUCUCUCCGGCUCCAUCCGCCGAUUCCGCUGCUGGUUCCGAGGGCGGCAACGAACGAUACGAAGGUGAUGGGCUACGACGUGAAGGCGAAGACAGGGGUGUUGAUCAACGCGUGGGCGAUCGGGAGGGAUCCCGCGGCUUGGGAGGAUGCAGAGGAGUUCAGGCCGGAGAGGUUUCUGUCGAGCUCGAUCGAUUACAAAGGAUUGGAUUUCCAAUUGAUUCCGUUUGGCGCUGGAAGGCGAGGGUGUCCUGGGAUUACUUUUGCAGCUGCGGUGCUGGAGCUGGCGAUGGUUGCCGUGCUGCACAAGUUUGAUUGGAGCUUCCCCGGCGGAGCGAAAGCGGAGGAUUUGGAUAUGAGUGAGGCCCCUGGGAUGGCUGUCCAGCGGAAGUUCCCACUUCUCGCCAUUGCGACUCUGCACCAGUUUUGA